AUGGCUAGACGAUAUCGAGAUGCUGCUGCUAAAUUGCAGCAAAAUGUCCAGAAACAUCUGCAAGUCAUGAAAGAACUUUCGUCCUCUGAAGACGAUGAACCAUUUGAGUCUAAUGUCCUUGAGAGUGUAUUUCAAAGCUAUUGGAGAGGAGGUGGGGACACGCAUAUGCUUAAUAGGACUAAGAACCUUCUCGAAGAAGCACUAAGUGGUCGCUCAGUAACCUGCCUAAUUUGCAUUGGUUCCAUUAAAAGAGCUGAAGCUAUAUGGACAUGCGACCACUGCUAUUCUUAUUUUCAUAUUUCUUGUAUACAGAAGUGGUCUAACGAUAGUAUAAGUUUACGUAGCGAAGAAAAUCAAGGCCCAAUUGCAGUGUUUCUACCCAAAAAGAUAGAAUGGUGCUGUCCUAAAUGUAGACAUUCGUACAAUAAAGAAGAAAUACCACGUAAAUAUCGAUGUUUUUGCGGUAAAACUGAUGACCCUCCUUACCAUCCCUGGCUAAUACCUCACACAUGUGGGGAAGUGUGUGGUAAAAGAUUAUCUGUUGGUAAUAAUUGUAUGCAUAAAUGUCUAUUAUUAUGUCACCCCGGACCUUGUCCACCAUGUCCGCAAACUGUGAAUGGAGCUUGCUUCUGUAACAAGGAGCGCAAGAGAGUAAGAUGUAGUGCUGCCCAAUGGUCAUGUCAACAACCAUGUAAUAAAAGUUUACCUUGUAGAUCUCAUAAAUGUGAAAAUAUUUGCCAUGCAGGAGAGUGUCCUCCUUGUAAUUAUACAAGCUUGCAGUCUUGUCAAUGUCAAGCAGAACAAACUAAACGUCCUUGCAACAAUUUGGUGUGGCAAUGCCCAAAAAUAUGUAAUAAACCAUUUGCCUGUGGUUACCAUAAAUGUGACAAAAUAUGCCACACCGGUAGUUGUGGGACAUGCCCCAAUUCUGGAAUCAGGUCAUGCCCUUGUGGAGCUAAUCAACGUUAUAUUCAAUGUCCAGAUGUUAUUGAAACAUGUCUUGGUACUUGUGGUAAGAAAUAUGAGGAUUGUGAACACAAUUGCUCGGCUAAAUGUCACAAAGGCCCUUGUCCACCUUGCCAAGUGCAGAUUGAAAAAAAAUGCCAAUGUUUAACUCAUACUAGGUCAUUGCCAUGCAGCAAGGAGUUUAAAUGUGACACAAAAUGUAGAGGUAUCAGACCAUGCGGUAAACAUGGCUGUGGGCGAAAAUGUUGCAACGGUAACUGUCCCCCUUGUGAAAAGGUAUGUGACAAAUCAUUACAGUGUGGUCGCCACAAAUGUACAACAAUUUGUCAUCAUGGACCCUGCUACCCAUGUCCUCUGGAGUCUAAAGUAACUUGCCGUUGUAAAGAGACAUAUGUAAGAGUUCCAUGUGGAAGAGAAAGACAUACUCGUCCACCUAAAUGCAAUCUUCCAUGUAAAAUUAAAUAUAAAUGUGGUCAUUUAGAAGAAAAUAAACAUUCAUGCCACUUUGGUGAUUGCCCACCAUGCAAAGCUAUUUGUAACAAGAAAUACCAAAAAUGUGAUCAUAAAUGUACAGCAACAUGCCAUGAAUAUGUACUUGUUACAUUUAAACAGAUAGAAAAACCUGCUACACCAUGGGAAGCUCAGCCACCAAAGUCUAAAAUAGUUGCCCUAGAAUGCCCACCUUGUAAUGCUCCUGUAACAAUCAUAUGUUUUGGUGAACAUGAGACAGACAAUCAACCAUGCCACAAAGCAUAUCGACAACCCUGCGGACGUGAAUGUGGAAAACCAUUGUCUUGCGGAAAUCACUUGUGUAAACAAUUAUGUCAUUUGUAUAGCUCUGACCCUGAGUACCCAAAUGUGCCUUAUACAUGCAAGCCAUGCAACAGAGAGUGUUCAAAAAUCCGUCCUGAGAAAUGCUCACACAAAUGUGCAAAACGAGGCUGUCAUCCCGGCAUGUGUCCACCUUGUGAUAUAAUGGAGAGAGUGUCAUGUCAUUGUGGUAUCACAGAACUAUAUUUCCGCUGUCGUGAACUAUCAAGUACCAAUGAAGAGACACUAAGUUGUAAACAAACAUGUCCAAAGAAUCUUGAAUGUGGACAUAGGUGUAGAAAUAUUUGUCAUUCGGGACCAUGCGGAGUAAAUCAAAUCUGUACUAAAAAGACUAAAAUUCACUGCCCAUGUGGUAAUUUGAAAAAAGAUGCUCCCUGCAAUGCUGUUAGAAAUGCUGAAAUCAAUAUAGAAUGUGACUCUAGUUGUGAAGAUAAAAAACAAGCUGCAAUGUUAGAGAAAGAACAACAAGAAAAGAGAUUAAAGCAGUUAGAAGAAGAGAGAAAUCGUAAAGAGUUAGAAGAGUAUGAAUGGAAGUUGAGUGGAAAGAAAAAGAAAUAUAAGGAGAAGAAAUUAAUUGUGAAUAAAGAUGAUAGAAGUCUAAUACAGAAAUAUUGGGUUCCUAUUUUAUCUAUAAUAGUUGUUAUUUUAGCUGGUGUUUACUACAUUUUGCAUAUC